AAAACCUCCUCUUCUUCCUUGAGGUGGACGAGUGCAAACGCCUCCCCAACCAGUCGUUUGUCCAGGCCACGGCGCGCAAGAUCUACGACACGUACCUCAAGCCUGGCGCAAAGCGGUACCUGAAUCUCUCCCUCCGGCUUCACAACGAGUUUGCCAUUCCGGACGACGCGGCCUUUGAGCCCUCCGCGUUUUUUGACGCGCAGUACCUCGUGCUCGAGUACAUUCGCGUCGAGCUCUGGCCGCGCUUCAGCAUCUCGGAGCCGUACAUCAAAUACUGCCAAACGGAGGCCGUGUCACCGCAACCGUGGGACGAGUACCACCCCGAAAUCUCGGCCGAGCGAAUGGAGACGCUCAUGGCCGAGCUGGAUGCAAUGAACCCCUCCGUGUACGUUUUGAAUUUGAGUUUGCCAACAGCACUCGCGCUUGACGAAAUGAAACCUUGUAGGCUCAUCCAACGAGCGCUGUCGAUCCCCGUCGAAGCCAUCGCCAAUGCGCCAAAGCCUCUGGCGCCAAACACGCUUAUGCUACUCCUCCACGACAAGCUCGGACACCGAGCGUUCAAGCAGUUUCUGUCCGUAAAAGGCAACGCCCACUACGUUGCCUUCAUCGACGAGGUCGACGAGUACGAAGGCCUACCUGGCAUUGAGUUUAUGCAGCACACGGCCAAGAAGCUCUACAAAAAGUAUCUGAGCGAAUCCUCCAAGCUCCAAGUGGACACGAGCACCAAGAUGCGCCAGGAGAUCGAGGCCAAGCUCUCGUCGCCAACCAUCGACAUGUUCAAAGCGGUUGUCGCCCGCGUAAAGCAAGGGUUGUUACGAGACGCCUUGCGCCGAUACCUCAAGUCGUCCAUAUACCUCGAGCUCAACCUCCAAGCUCUGAACCCCGAGCUAGCAAAGGAGCUGGACGAGGCUGUUGCGCAAGGGAAACUGGAAAUUCCGCACCUGGAAAUCUUCCUAUCGGACGCCACUUUCCUCGCUAACUUUAAGAGCUAUUGCAAGAGCCAGCACUGCAUCGAGAACCUCCUUUUCUGGGAAGAGGUCGAGGAAUUUCGGAGGCUACCGUCCAACCAAAUUGUGCUGCGCUGCGCCAAGAAGAUUGUCGAAAAGUACGUCAACAUCGAGACGUCCAAGACGCCGCUGGACCUCCCCGUCCACAUGCACGAGUUCCUCACCGACAACCUUGAGCACGUCGACCGCGCCUACUUCCACGAUGCUGUGGCCGAGGUCAUGGACACGCUCCGCUCUAUUGAGCUCCCCGAUUUCCUCGACUCGCCUCUCUUCAUGGUGCUCGUUGGGUCGUGGGUCACGAUGGACCAAGUGUACGCGGUGCACCACCUUCACAACGACCUCGAGUCGGCGUACUUUCGGCACCGGUUCCACUACAUUUGCGAGGCCAAGAAGGAGAAAAACCGAGACGAUGCGCUCGGGUAGUGUUGUGGUAACGUUGUCGUUAUCGCAUUCUCUUGGCCAACCUUGUUACGCCUGGCGGCUACUGUCAUCGUCAUCGUCGACACCAACCCAGGACUCGAAUGCCAUGAGAAACUCCUACAAAGACAG